AUGCCAGCCACACCCAUUCCUUAUUUUCCUAUAAAACCACUGGACCAAUUGCUCUAUAAUUCAACUGCAAGACCUCUCAGCUUAGAUCUCUCCAGUGAUCUGAAUCCUGUGUUUUCCUUCAUUCCCAAGAUAAGCAAACCUAUUCUGAACACCAUGGAAUCCCAGAGUGCCACAACCAUCGGAAGACAAUAUGAGGUGGUGGGAAUCCUAGGUGAAGGAGCAUUUGGCAGGGUUUUAAUGGCCAAAGACCAAAUAUCAGGAGAAGACGUUGCACUCAAAAUGAUAAGAAAGGAUCGAACCUCAUUUCCUGCAUACCUCCAUGAACUGCAGGUGUCUAUCUUAGUGUCCGGUCAUGAAAACGUGAUCCACACACAUCCGGUCUACGUGCCUGAUCCAGACCACUUUGUCAUCAGCCAGGAGUUAGCUACAAGUGGAACCUUGCAUUCUAUCAUUGAUUCUCAGGUUGGUAUUCCAGAAGAUGUGGCGAAGCGCUGUGCAGUGCAGCUGGCAACAGCUCUCAAUUACAUGCACAGCAGGGGGAUAGUACAUGGUGACCUGAAACCGGACAACGUGCUGCUUAUGGACAAAGACUGCCAUCACAUUAAGCUGGGUGACUUUGGUCAUUCCCAGAGUAUUGGCAGUCUUGUCGGCUGUAUGUCACACAUUAUUCCAUAUAUGUCCCCAGAAAUAUGUAGCCUGAAAUCAAAUGAGUGUUUGAUUCUGACCCAGAGUGUAGAUGUCUGGGCUUUUGGCAUUCUCCUUUAUGUGGCACUUACAGGGAGCUUCCCAUGGGAAAAAGCAAUGGGGGACGACCAUGAGUUCAGUGUGUUCGUUGACUGGCAAAACAAAGGAGACUACUCCUCUCCUCCUCCUGGCUGGGAAAUGUUCACAGUGGAAGCAAUGGACAUGUUCUUCACAUUGCUGUUCCAGAACCCCUCCUUGAGGCCUUCCAAUGAUCAUGUGCUGAAAUAUCUCAAUUAUCCAUGGCGGUCAAUUGAUAUUUCAAGCGACAGUGAGGAGCCAUCGAUCGAAAUACAGGAGGUGACCAUUGAGGAGAGCCAAGAGUAUGAAAUCAUUAUCAUACCGGGAAAUGAUGAGGUGGUUAUUAUAGAAAAUGGGGACACAGAAUGUGUGUUUGUUGCAGGAGCAGCAGUAGAGUCCGGUGACAUCAUCUAUGUACUGUGA